AUGGAGUCAUGUCACCUCACAAACGAAACCAACAUUGAACGUCUAACUAGUCCCUCCAAUCCAGCGUUGCAUCUUGCGCUCUCCUCUGGGACGCCUGGACCGGAUCUCCAUAGUCACUUUCAAGGUUACCUAUGGAAUUUACGAAAAUAUUACGGUGCCCAAGUUGUUAUUGUCAACAUUCUUGGCAGCAGCCCUAAUCAAGCUCUUCAGGGUGACCUACAGCAGUUGCCAAACUAUCAGCUCAUUCUGAUUGAGUUCAUCCCUGAGCCUUCGAUGCGAGAGCUUCGACCACAGGAUUGCUCUCUCAGCUAG